AUGUCGAUUUCCUCACUCGCGAGCUCUGCUGGUUCGCAAAGAGAUGUGCUGAUAACGGUCUUGAGAGCGUUGGUUUCUGUAUACUGUGUGGUUUAUGUCGUCAGUGAUCAAGUAGAUGAUGCUCUAUAUGAAGGACUGCCGAUAUCACCAACUUUGUCACCUUCGAAUUCACCAGCUAUCCCUGAUCUUCCCCUGCCAGCUGAAUUUCCGCAGUUUCAUAGAAAACAUUUGGCACCUGGACAUCCUCCCCGCUAUAGCCGAUUUGUUGCUUCUGUACAUCCCCCUACCAGCUCGCGUUUCUCCAAACCAUCUAUGAAAAGGAAUGCACAGUCUCCUGGAGCCGGCUUGGCUGAUAUUUCUCCAACGCAAUCUAGUAGUGGUGCCCUUCCUGAUGACUUGACUCAGCCACCUUUGUCUCCCUCCGUUUCAAAUUGUUGCAAACAAGAUAUGGUGCAGAAACGAAAAAGUAUUGGUUGCCACUGCGUGUAUCCUAUAAAGCUGGAUAUCCUUCUCAUGAAUGUUUCAGAUGCUCCUAGUUGGAACUUGUUCCUGACUGAAUUUGCUACCCAGCUUGGUCUCUUACCUCACCAAAUCGAGCUGAUCAAUUUCUAUAUGCUAAGCUUAUCAAGGAUGAACAUUUCAAUGGAUAUCAUACCUCAUUCUGGAAUUAGUUUUUCAGCCAGUCAGGCAGCGGCAAUCAACUCUACGCUUAUCAGCCACAAGAUUCAGUUCAGCAAUACUUUGGUGGGAGAUUACAAACUUCUAAACCUUACCUGGUUUGAGGCCCCUGCACCUACUCAAGCGCCUCUAGUGGCUUCUUCACCUGAAAAGGUACCAUCACAAGGAUCCCCAGCAACUACGUCAGUGAGUUCUCCCGGAAAAAGAAGGCACCCCAAUCUCAUUCUUAUCUUUGCUGUAGCCGCUGGUGUGCUAAUCAUGGCCAUAAUCUCUGUGCUUAUUAUUUGUUCCUGCGCACUCCGAGAAGAAAAAUCGCCUGAUCCUCAUAAAGAUGCUGUAAAACCGAGGAACCUGGAAGCUGGUUCGGUAGGGGGGUCUCUUCCCCGUCCAGCAAGUACACGUUUUCUGUCAUACGAAGAACUCAAGGAGGCAACUAGCAAUUUCGAAUCUUCCAGCAUUCUAGGGGAAGGUGGGUUCGGCAAGGUUUACAGGGGCAUCUUAGCCGAUGGUACCGCUGUAGCAAUUAAGAAGCUAACAUGUGGAGGACCACAAGGCGACAGAGAAUUCCAGGUGGAGAUUGAUAUGCUAAGCCGUCUUCAUCAUCGUAACCUUGUAAAACUCGUGGGUUACUAUAGCAGUCGAGAUUCUUCUCAGCACCUACUUUGUUAUGAGCUUGUUCCAAAUGGCAGCCUCGAGGCUUGGCUCCAUGGGCCUCUUGGAUUGAACUGUCCUCUUAGUUGGGACACGAGAAUGAAGAUUGCACUUGAUGCUGCAAGAGGCUUAGCUUACCUUCACGAAGACUCGCAACCAUCGGUGAUACACAGAGACUUUAAAGCCUCUAAUAUACUCCUUGAGAAUAACUUCAACGCCAAAGUUGCAGACUUUGGCCUAGCCAAACAAGCUCCUGAAGGCAGGGGUAAUCACUUAUCCACCCGUGUUAUGGGCACAUUUGGGUAUGUAGCUCCUGAGUAUGCAAUGACGGGACACUUACUCGUAAAGAGUGAUGUUUAUAGUUACGGCGUUGUACUUCUCGAGUUGUUAACUGGUAGAAAACCUGUGGAUAUGUCACAACCUUCAGGCCAAGAAAACCUCGUCACUUGGACGAGGCCAGUUCUUAGAGACAAAGACCGGUUAGAAGAACUAGCUGAUUCAAGACUGGAAGGGAAAUACCCAAAAGAAGAUUUCAUAAGAGUGUGCACAAUCGCUGCAGCUUGUGUUGCACCUGAAGCUAGCCAGAGACCAACGAUGGGUGAAGUUGUUCAGUCACUUAAAAUGGUUCAGCGAGUCGUUGAGUAUCAAGAUCCGGUUUUAAACACUUGUGAUAAAGCUAGACCGAACCGGAGACAGUCAUCAGCUACGUUCGAGUCGGAAGUAACCUCUUCUAUGUUCUCUUCCGGUCCUUAUUCUGGUCUAAGUGCCUUUGAUCAUGAAAAUAUUACACGAACAACGGUCUUCUCUGAAGAUCUUCAUGAAGGCCGGUGA